AUGAGAGGGUCAAAAACCAAAGUUAUUUUCCGGAUUUUGGACACGCUUUCUAGCGUUUUGUCAUUGUUAGCUUUGUUGCUGAUUUAUCGCCGUAUAACAGACAGCGAUUUUAGCCUAUUCAACAACUUGGAGUCGAAGACGAGACAAAACGAUUUUGAAACAACUCCAACCCAGGAAAACGAUCUUAAUCGAUACAAUUAUGGUAAAUUAGCUGUUGAAGUCUGGCCUAAUAUUUGUGGUGGCAAAUUAUCCAACUUAUACAAUUCUCCGUUCUUCCCGCGGUUUGCAGAAAAGUCGCAUUUUAUCUCGGAAACGAAAACAAAGCUGAAUGAAAGCAACUAUGGACAACGGAUAGCUGGUUAUUUGCAACCAAAGGAAACCGGUUAUUACAAGUUUGUCUUGUAUUCUGACGAUGGCUCGGAGUUUUGGUUUGGUUCCAAUGUUAGUCUGACAAGUUUAAAGCUCGCGGCCAGUGUUGCAUCGCGGGAUAGAAUUGGCAGCGCACCAGUCGGCGAGAUUCGGUAUGACUCUCAAAUAACAGAUGAUUUUCUCCUUGAAAAGGGAAAUAAAUAUCCAUUAGAAAUAAUUCAUCUUCAAGGCACCGAAGCGGAUUUUGUGGAAUUGCAUUGGAUUCAACCUGGAAAACACUAUUUGGAAGUUAUAACUUCAGAAUACAUUUCGCAUCUUUCUAACUCGCAUCCAGUGUCCAAAAUUGCUGUUUCGAGUGAUGUAGAAAGCCAAUCUACCGUGGCUGUGACAACGAAGUUCUACCUUGUGGCUUUUCUCACAGAAGGUAUCGUAAAAAGUAUACUUCCCACGUGUAAUUUCGUACUUCCGGCCUCAACAAAACCGGAAGUGGCUCGUUUUCAUGCUUACAGAGAAGUCAAGGAAGUCACCAUAGUAACAAACGAUAAAGAAGGAAACUGGACGAAAAAUAAAGAAGCAAAGAGGCUAGCUGAUCUUUUCAUGGCCAGACUUGGAAAAAUUUUUCCAAAGUGAGUGUAUUAUUUUAAUAUUUAAAAUAAUGAAUUAAGCGCUGAAUUAGCGAAUUUAUAGCGUUCUUCAUUUUAAAUACAUUGAUCCUACAGCUUCAGUAGUGUUAGUUCAGUGUUGGCUUUACAUUACACCUUUACAACUUGCCUUUUUUUUCCUUCUUUUCCAGAAAGUACAAAAUUGUUAGGUUUUACAACCUUGAACGCAUUCCUUUAGAAGACGAAAGCAGAUUUGUACUGUAUUUUCUAGAGCUAGAAUUGGGUUGUGACGCUCUAGACUACACAGAGAGAGUCGUAGAGUACGUGCUUUUACAAAAUCACGAACAGAACGGUGUCCUAACGACCGAUGCUCAGCUCUGUUAUCCAAGAGGACUGGAUUGGAACAAAGAUGCUGUGGUCCAUUUGAUCCUGGCUGUACAUCACGAAGGUCCGCGUUUUCGUCGUUUUAUUGAAAAACUGGAAAAAAUCUUCAAGGAGAAUCUUGAAGUAUAUUUCCACCUUGUGGUUGUUAACUCUGGUAACGCAGGACUAGACAUCCGGGAAAUUCUUGGGGCAACCUCGUUGCUGAAGUACAAGGUGGAAGAGUUAGAAGGUGACUUCUCCAGGACUCGCGCAAUUAAUUAUGGGAUAAGACAAAUUCAAGACCCAGAACAUAUUAUCCUCACUGCUGAUGUUCACAUGGACAUACCGGCUUCCAUUUUUGAAGACUCUCGUAAAGUAAGUUUCCAGUAUUUGCUCUCAUUGCUCUUGAUCCAUGAUUCGAGAUUGUGAGAAGAACUGGGUCGGUGUUGUGUCGAAUUGCACUAUGGGAAUGUUUUGGGGACCCUUAAUUUCGCUUCAAUUACAAAGUUUCGCGCGAUGCUGGGUCGACCUUCGUACCCCGAAACGGUCCCAUCGUGCAAUUUGAUUCAACACGGACCCAGUCUCAGGCUCGAAUUUAAAAUGGCCGAUAUUGAAUUUUUCCGCACCUAUUUUGAUAGCCCACGUUUAGUAUAUUAAAUUUCUAACAUUACUCCGAGUCUUUAGGGACAAAAUUGCAAAUUCUUUCACGACUCCAUUGUCUCACAAUUUCCAGGAGCGCAAAGAAAACAAAACCAAAUAAAGAAAAUGACCAGAAUUUUAAUAUACCGAACGUGGGCUAUACCGCCUUUGGAAAAUACUUGAUAAAAUCGAUUGGAAACAAAAUUUUGAGCCCGCAAUGAGCACCCCUAGUAAAACCUUGUUUCCACUGCAACUGCAGAUAACUGAAUCUGAUUUACUUUAGAGCGUAUUCACAUGACGUCACGGCGGCCGUAUUGGUGUUCCAAAACAGUAAAACGGCGGCCAUGUUGGCGUACCGAGGACAACCCAGUGGGAAUUGAACUCUUUUCUUAUGUAUAAACUUUCUUUUGUUCGUAUUAUUUAGCAUGGAUGCUGGCCACGUGAGUGAAUACGCUCUAUAAAUCGAUGUGAUUUAGCCACUUCCAUUUUUUAAGUGCGCGGAGCUCUCCACUAUUUCUUCAGCUGGAGCUGUGCCUGCUUUCAGUUUCUUGACACAGAAAUCCCUUAUUAUUAGCUGCACCAACAGGAAUGAAGCUCGUGAAUACUAAGAUCCAAUUGAACAGUGCCCUGAUCCUUGUGGGACUUGUAUUUUUUGUUCCCAGUCCGCGCCAAGCGCAUUACUCUAUCGUUUUCAAGUCUAGCCUAUAUCUGGUCCCGCAUUCUCAGGCCAUCGGCAAGGAACUGAAUCGGGAGAUGGAAUUGGAUUUCUGUACCCCCUUAUUUCAUUUUUCUCAUGGAUCAGGUUAGCGAAAGUGAACUCGAAAUUAUACCAUCCUUUAUUCUUUAUGACCAAACAUACCGCAUACGCGGCAUUUUGGAUCCUAGCAGUAUGAACCCAUCCCAGCAAAUGAGUCAUGUUUUUUUUCUUAUGUCUUCCUUCUUGACCCCGACAAUUUUCUUACUUUUGUAGGUUCUUUACCUACCCCUCCCCUACCCGAUCAUUUUGCCUUGAGUGAGAUGUUAAUGUUAACAUUGGGUCAGGGGAGGGGUGGGUGGGUAUUAAGGUUAUUGACUAUCUUGGUUUUCUGUUUAGCAUUGUAUUGAGGGAAAGAUGAUUUUUGCGCCCGUGCAAUAUGCUUUGGACUGCGGGGCGUACCCCAACAAACCAAAAGGGUCAUGGUAUAGUCAUGGAUACCAAAUGAUUGGCAUGUAUAAGGGCGAUUGGGAUCGGACUGGAGGUGAGUUUCAAAAGCAUGCUAAGCAACGAGUGACCAAAAUUCGAAAAAUAAUGACAGUUAGCGCAGACGCAUAAAAAUAGUUUUAAAAACUUCAACUUCAUUCCACCCAUAGACAUUUGGUAGAGGAGACCAAUAAUGAAAGGCAGCAAACAUCAAAGAUAAAAACGACGGUGCUGCAGUUUAUGUUCAAAGCUCUCUGACGUUGCACAAUACUUUGUUUCUUGUUCACAAAUCGUAAUGGAAUAAAUUAAUGCAACGUUUCUAUGGUCAAUAAGAUCAAAAUGAUAGGAAUGAUCACGGCAUAGCGUUGCGCACCUUCAAGUGAACAAAAAUGUAUAACAAAGGGUCCCAAGGACUUCGAAACCCUUCUACUCUAGAUCUAUAAUAACAAAGCUUUACCUUGAGGUUGCACUUUCAGUGUUCCUUUCUUCAAGAAGGAAUAUAGGAAACAAGCUAUCUCAAAUGCAAUUGUAAAUGCUUUUAAUAACAAAUCAUCUGCAAUUUUUUUGCAACGUUGUUUUGCAAAAACUUAAUGUUGAACGUUGAACAUUCUUUAGGACUGGAUGAAAGUGUGAAUGAUCAUCAAGCAGCCUGGAACCUAGUGGACCGCAUUUUGUCCAGCGGACUCCACGUGGCACGAAUGAGGAGUCCAAACCUGUUUCGCUUGUUUUAUCCCGAGUCACGAGAU